AUGAAUUAAGCUUGUUAAUAUGUAGAAAGUUCUUAGAGUGAUAUGUAUAAUGAAUCAGAAUUUGAUGAGCAUUAGAGAGGAAUAAACUAAGCUUUUUUCAAUUAGAAGUCUUUAGAAGAUAAAAUUCAAUUUUCAAAUUUAAACAUUAACCAGCCUCUUGAUUUGAAAACACCUGCCGAGACAGUAAGAAAAAUAUAGAUAUAUUAUAAUAGAUAUAGGAAUAUUUAUUUACUGAUGAAAAAUUAGAAGUACAAGGGAAAGGAUUAAAUAAUACUCAUCUUUCUUUUGGUAAAUUCUUGAACCUUAAACUACUUGAUUUAACAAAAUGUAAAUUAUAUUAAAUCCCAGAAGAUAUAAAGUACAUCAUUAUAAUACAAUUAGAUUGAUGGUGAAUCUAUAAAAAUUAUAUUUGAGCUCAAAUUUAUUAACUUUUAUUCCAAGUUUUUUAGAAUCUUUAAAGUUCUUAGAGAUCUUAGAUUUAUCAUUUAAUUAAUUAUAGAGCAUUAAUUUACAUCUUAAGAGUUUAAGAUAACUAAAUAUUUCAAGCAAUAAUUUUGAUCAACCCUAUUUAUACCCUUUAGAAGUAUUGUGUUUAUAAAUGAAUCCAAUCUCAUAUCUUCCAAAAGGUUUUGAAAAAACUAUUAAGAAUAUGAAUCAAUUAGAAUUUGAUUGGUUUAAAUAUUGUAAACCCCCAUUACCAAUGAAGUUGAAUCUUCUUAAGUAUUCUUCAAUCUAGUAAAAGUUAAUGAUUGCAUUAAAGCAAAAUCAAUUGAAUUUCCUAGAUUUUGUUAAAUUAUUGAGUGUUAAUGAUUAAAACUUUUCAGGCACUGAUUAUAAGGAAAGAAAUUUAUUUUGCUAAGCUGGAUUAAAUGAUGACAUAGGAGCUUUAUAUGGUUUAUACUAAAUUAUUCCUUAUGAUAUUAAUAAAACAGAUUUUGAUAAUAACACACCUCUUACAGUUUGUUAUUUAGAUGGCAAAUAAAGGUUUAGCAUUCAUAAUAAAAAAGAUCAGUAAGCCUUCUCAAAUCAUUUGGAGCAACCUUUUCCUUAAAUGCCAUUCAUCAAAUAAGUUAAAGAGCUGACAUACAAAAUUUAAGAUACAUUCUAUCUACUCAUCAUAAUCAAGUUUUUCAAUUCAUAUAUUUAUUAGGAAGCUGUAAUUAUGCAUAGAAAUAUUGAUGGCAAUACUCCAUUACAUUAAGUAAUGAUGAAUUUCGAUAAACAUGAAAAUAGUUCUGAUUUUGCUAAAAUACUACUUUAUUAUGGGUCUGAUCCUAAUUAAGAAAAUUAUGAUGGUAGUACUCCUUUAGAUGCUGCAAUAAAGAAAUAAUAAAUUAAAGCAAUUAAAUUUGGAUAUGAAUACAAUUAAACUAAACGACUUAAUAAUAAAAAUGCUUAAUUGUUUGAAUUUGCACAUAUUUCCACUAAUUCAGGUUAGAGUUUGUGUCACACAGCCAUUAGUAUUGGAAAUUUAGAAAUUAUUGAAUUUUUGCUGACCAUUAAUUGUGAUUUCUUCUCAAUUAAUAAAUUUAACAGAUUACCAAGAUAUUUUGCUACAUAAAGUCUUAUUUAUCUAAAAAACACCAGAAAAAUUGAAAAUAGAUAUAUAUUUUUAAAUAUUAUAAGAGAGAGAUCUUUAUUAGAAUAACAAGAGAAGUAUAAAUAAAAAAUUAUUAUUAUUAGAAAUGUCUAUCAAAUGAAAACCCGUAUUGAAAAAAAUAUGGUUUAAAGACAUCAUAAUAUGGUUUAAAAGCAUCUUGAUUAAGAAGAAAUUGAAGAUAUUGAAGAUAUUGAUGAAAUGGAAAGCUAUAAUGAAAUUAGCCUUUAGGUUGGUUCUGAAUGUUUAGUUCGUGAAACUGCAGCUGAAUCAGCUCCAAUAUUUUAAAAAUCAAAUCGUUUUAAUGACAUUAGCUUAACUAUAAAAAAAAAUCUAUAAUCAAAUUAUGUUCAAGAUUGUAAAGAUGAGCUACCAGAGAUUUUAAAAUAGUUAAGAAAUGGAAAUUUAGUUUUAUCUAUUUAGCGAUUGAAAUCUAUUCUAUAAAAUGAAAAUUUAUCAGUAUCUGAAAGAAUUAAAUAUAAAAAUCAAAUUAACUAUUUGAAAUUUAAGUUUAAAAAAUAAAGGUUUGAAUUAAAAGCUUUAAUUGCUUAAGAUGUUCUACUAGUUUUGAAUGAAUAUUAACUUUGCAAUGUUUCAAAUGAAAUGAAAAGUAUCAAAUAUAUUUAUUUAUUUUAGUUAGGCACUUAAAAGAGCUAUAAUAAUUUAUUAUUGAUCAAAAUAAGCAUGAGAUUAGUUAAGCUCUACAAAUUAUUUAAAAACGAAAAAUAACAUGUUCCUCAUUUGAUUUGAAUAGAGAUUUAAAAAUUAGCAAUAUUUCCUAAAUCAAUGAUUUAAGAUUACGCCUUAGCAGUAAUUUAAUAUACGAUAUAAACAAUUAUGCUUCAUCUUUGUCUUUAUCAUAAAAUCAACUUUUUAAUUGGUUGUAUCCAUGUAAUUCAAAAACUGAAAAGAUUUUAGAAUAGACCAAUAUUUUCAGUUUAUAAAAUUAUGAAUACUUGCAAUAAAUGAAAUUUAAAAGAAGAAAGAUAUUUCCAGAAAUAAAUGAAGAUUUAAAAAUAGAGAAAGACAUGUUUGAACAUCAUUCUUUACCUUAAAACUAAAUAAUGAGUAAUGCUAAUCUAUUCUGUAACAGUAAAAGAUUGUUGUGA